GAUUUGUUAUUCACAAAAGGAAAACAGUUUUAAAAUUUCGAUUUCAACGUUUAAAAAAAAUCGUCUAGAAACUGUGCAGGCGAAUAAAUUCAAUUAGUUCAACUCUGUAAUGUGCUACCAUACGGCAAGGUCGCGCAAUGGUGUGUUGUUUCGUCAUCCGCACAAUCAAUGUAGAAAUUUCAUUUGACAAUGGAUAUCACUAGACUUACCUAGCCGUGUGCCCGCCCGCGUCUACGUGCUCAAGUUUCCCGUGUUGUGGUUUUUGUGCUGUUGUUUAUUUCUACACGCCAAUCAACCCCAAUCAAAACACAAAGCGGAUGAUGGCUGACGGGAGUACUGUGUUGGGGUCAAUGACCCUGGAGUCGGAAUGGUCCAAACACUGGACCAGCAUCUACCGUCUGCAGUGUAUUAUGGAGUACCAUUACAUCCGUGACGUCUUAUUAAGCCCGCUACCACUACCCAAACUACCAGUGCCAGACCUACAAGGCACCAUGGACAAGUACCUUAGCCUUAUCAAGACAGUCGUUUCCCCUCAAGACUACGCCCGCACCAAGUACAUCGUGGAGGAGUUCUGCCGGCAAGGGGGUGUUGGUCAAGAGUUGCAGGAACAACUCCUGCAGCGGCAGCAGGCUAUGGACAAUUGGGCUAAUGAGUACUGGCUCAAUGACAUGUACCUGAAUGUCAGGGCACCUGUCCUCAUCAACUCGAACCCUGGUGCCAUCUUCCCAUACCAGGCCUUCCCCUCCCAGAGGGAACAAGUCAGAUUCGCGGCCAAAUUCAUUCGAGGGAUGCUAGACUUCAAAAGAUUAACAGACACGCGCACCCUACCUGUGGAACGCUGCAAGUACAAGGAAAAAGGGCAACCACUCUGCAUGGACCAACACUACCGGCUGUUCACGUCUUAUCGCGAGCCUGGACGGGAGAGAGACAUCCAGAGAACAGAGCUGGGGCUGAUGGGGAGGGAGUUUAUCGUCGUAGCCUGCAACAACCAGUUCUACAAAGUUGACCUCCAACAAGAGGGUGAGGAGCUGUCUGGCGCUGACCUCUGUCUACAGCUGUCACGUGUUAUCAAGAUGGCCGAGCAGGAUGACCACUCGCCCCCGGUUGGACUACUGACCGCCCAGAAACGUAACUUGUGGGCGGAGCACCGGGAGAGAUUGCAACAAGAUGCCGCGAACAGAACCAACCUGAGUCUGCUGGAGAACUGCAUCUUCCUGUUGUGUCUGGACAAGCCCACGGUGCCAUCGUGCCGGAACCUGCCGGGCGGGAUGAUGAAUGACAUGACAGCACGUACCCACCACGUCAUUCACGGUCAGGGCGUCCAUAACAACUCGGGCAAUCGGUGGAUGGACAAGACUAUUCAGGUGAUCAUCUCAAAAGACGGAACUUGCGGUAUCAACAUGGAGCACUCGAUAGCAGAAGGCAUCGCCUUAGGUCAUAUGGUGGAGCACGCCUUCAGUGUCAUGGGCAAAGAUAAGAUUUUCGAUGUAACCAGUGAAAAAGUUAACCUGCCACCCCCAAAACAUCUACAGUGGAAUCUCUCAUCCCAAUCGCUGGCAGAUAUUGAACUGGCCAAGGAAUCAGUGGACGGAAUGGUUGAAGAUUUUGAUUUAACUGUUUACAAAUUUGAUGGCUACGGUCGAGAGUUUAUCAAAAGCCAAAACAUGAGUCCCGAUGCUUUCAUACAGUUGGCGUUGCAGCUUACAUAUUACAAAAUUCAUGGCAGGAUGACAUCGACUUAUGAAAGCUGUUCUGUCCGCCGUUACAGGCAAGGCAGAGUUGACGUCAUCAGGGCCAACUCCCCUCCAGCUUUAGCCUGGGUCAAGGCCAUGCUUGGACAAACCGAAGCAUCCGAGGAAGAGAAAUUUCGACUUCUCAAUGAGGCUGUACAGUGGCAACAAGAUUACAUGAUGGAUACCAUCCUGGGUUAUGGCAUUGACCUUCACCUUCUCGGCCUUAGAGAGGUCGCCAAAGAGCUGGACAUUCCAACUCCAGAAUUCUUCACUGACCCUUCCUACAAGGAACUAAACACAUUCCGUCUCUCCACCAGUCAGGUUCCUACAGUAUCCGACUACUGGAUGGGCUAUGGCGCUGUGGUUCCGGAUGGGUAUGGAUGCUGCUACAACCCAAAAACCGACGCCAUCAUCUUCAGCGUGGCGACCUUCAACGACUGCCUUGACACCUCGUCCCAGAUGUUCGCCCACUCCCUCGAGUCCAGCCUUCUGCAGAUGGCAGAGUUAUGCACCUUUGACCACGAUGCUCACAGCUUGAACCAGAGAUAAAAUUUGCUGCGGUCUAGUAAUUUAGUUUUUUUUUUAGAAUACUCUAGAAAUAAUUUAUUAAAUUUUUUUUUUAAAUCUGUCAAUGUUCACAAGUUUAGAAAUUGCGUUAAUUUUAACAAGGGUUUAGUACUUGUUAUAUACCAAUUACUUUUAUUGUUUACAUAUUAAUUCACAUUAGGUUGUGCUUGUUGAAAUCUUGUAGUGACAUUUCACUUAAUUCUGAUCACCAUUUCAUUUUUAAAAUUCCCCUCAUACAAUUUCAGCUUUAAUUUUUAAAAAAUCCCUUUGUUAAAGUUUUGAAAAAGUGUUCAGUUAUUAAAUAAAGUAUAACACAAAAGCAUAAAAAACAAAUGUGAUACGAAUCUGAUUAUCAUAUAUUUAAAAAAAGUAAAUCUUUGAAAUCAUAAAAUUUUAAUUCUCUACAAUGAAUGAGAAUUAAAUUAAUAUUAACAAGAUAAACAACCUAAUUAUAAAGAUUUAAAAGAAAAAAGUUAAGGCAGUUCUAAAACUUGUAAGCUAUCAAACUCACUGUUCAUUAAUUGUAAAUUUAAUAGCGCUCAUUAACUGUUAAAAUUACUGUUAAUAUUUGUACCAUAAUUUAUUAGCACUUAAUAACUGUUAACAUUUACUGUUUAUAACCUGUACCAUAAUUUAUUAGCACAAUGUGAUAUCUCUGAUGUAAAACCUAGCUGCUUCUAGCCUAAAGUUGUGUGCAAUAUCACCUGUAUAAAAAAUAUAUUUAUAUAACAUACACUGGUUAUUUAUAAAGGAUACAAAAAUUGUACGAACAGUGUUUCAUUGACUCACACAGCCAUAAAUCAUUAUUUAUUUUACCAAAUACUUUAACAAUAUGUAUAUAGUACAAGCCAGUUAUAGGCAUUGCUUUUUUUAAAAAUAUGUAUAGAAUUUAAAAUAACAUUACUUUGAAGUUUGUUGUAACAAAUCAUUUUUAUACCAGUUCAUUUUUAUUUAUUUAAAUAGACUUUUUUUUAAUUAAACAGUUACUUUUUAUGAGGUGUAAGAUAAUGUGAUUAUUUAUACUUUUUGAAUGUCAUUGGAGACCUUUAGCAAAUGACCUAACAAUCGAAGUGGUGGUAUGCCACCUACACCGUUAACGAGCAAACAUUAACGAGCAAACAUUAGAUCUCAUACAUUCUUUGUAGGUUUCUUCUAAAUAUCACCAUAAUGAAGAUGUGCAAAUUUUACAAAUUAUACUGUUACCUCUUUUUAGGAAAUUAUCUCCCCCCCCCCAUACCACUUUCCUCUGUCCUCAUCUUGAUCCUCAUUGAUGCUAGUCUGAUUCAAAUCUUCUAUCGUUGUUGAAAACGUUAUUUGAAUCUCAAAUACAAUUCAAUAUUUGGCUGUGAGAACUAUCUAGAAUCAAUUAGGUCACAUCACAUGUUGAUAACAAAAUAUUACCUUGACCUUCAGAACCAGUAUAAAUAUUAUACCAUCAAAUCCUAUAUGAACUUAUAUAUUACAUGUUUAUAUGUAAUGAUAGUCUAAUCUCAUAACUUACUCUUUAUGAAAUCUAUUAACGUUGAACUUCUUGUUUAUUUAUUUCUUACUGUACUACCCAAAUAUGAUUAUCAACCUUAUGUGCUAACAUAGCAUUGACGAUUAAUUUAUUAACAGCUUUAAAUCUGUUAAUGACUCACUCAAUGUUUGCCCACCUGCCUCUUACAAAAGUUACUCACCUUUAUAAGUCAAUGCAACAAUCAGGUCAUUUAUUUAUAAAGAGAAUCCGGAUGGAACUUACAUUUUCUAUUAGAGUCUGGUUGAUUAAGAUUCCGCUGAAAAUGAUCAUGUAGCCCCUAAUGACUUUCUUACAACAAAGCACCCUUAUAUGUUGUGGUAGCUUUGAGAAAGGAUUUUGGGGUAGUUAAAAAUAUUCACAUGUGGCGGAACUGGUCUCAACGGAGUCAGCAUCACCAGAAAUCUGUCACUGUUAAUUAGUCUCACUCCAAAGCUGUAAUUAAUGUUAUUAGUUUGAUCCAGUGAUGCAUUAAAAUGAUGUAGCUUUCACAUGUACAUAUACAUUAAGCCUGAAUGUUUUUGUAAAAUUGUUUGGUGUAUCCAAUAGAAACUGUGAUACAAAUAUGUUUAUUUGUGUGACAACACUGUUCUUGUACAUUACGUUAACGUAUUCAUUGACCUAACACUUAAACCAAUUUUAGUUUUCUCCCGAAUGUUAAUAGAGUAAUAAAUUAUUACAUUUUGAUACAUUUUUUUUCUGAUAUAAACAAAAAAAUAUUAAUGAAGUAUCACAGUAUAACAAUUAUCUUAGUGACAGUUUGAAGUAAAAAUUUGAAUUUUGCAUUUAAGCUUAAGCUGAAUUAACAUGAAAUUUCUUCGAUGAGCCAUUG